GGCAAAAUUCGUAACCCAGAACCCUUGGAACCGCACUCCAAUUUUCGGCUUCCUUCUUCGCGAGCGCACCACGGACACGUCUGUUCUUCGAAAGCUGCUUAUAAUCGAGCACUUGGAGUUAAAUUUCGCAUAUUUUUCGCUGCAAAUAUGAUGAAAACCAGCAAGACGACGCUGUUAACAUUUGCGCAGAGGUGUAAGAAUAUUCUUGCUUCCAACUGGAUUGGCAGUCUCAAUACGAUCAAAGCCGAUGCCAAAGGAAGCAAGGAGGACAUUCACACCUCAAAAGUUAUGUAUAUGAUCAGGAAAGGAAGGCCAUACAUUUGGGUUCCUGAAAAGGAUUUGCACAACGUGAAUACGAUCAUUGAUGAGCGUGGUUCAUUUGCCGUGGCUAGUCCAUUCCCAGGUCCACUGGCUAACUUGUUCAUAUCGCUGGAAAAGUUACCACCACGGGUUGCGCUUACUGGAGACAUCGUACGUCUCAAGAGUGAAAAGGCUCAGGAUGCUGUGGAAAAGCUCAGAGAGGCCAUACUGUCGGAACAGGAAGCCAUUGAAGACUUUGGUAGUACAGUCUCCAACGUCUUAAGAUCUUCCAAUCUUAAAUAUACAUCACGCAGCCAACACCUCAAAGAGUUCUUAGUGGGGAACGAAAAAUGCGUGAUCUGUAAGUUUGAUGUGAGAUCAAGUAUGUUUAUUGAUUGUAAAGGAGGAAUGCACGAGGUCGACACCGAGGACUUCAGCACAUCGAAAGCAGAUACAUUAGCGCCUUUCUCAGCAGCGCUUGUUGAUGGAAUCAACCAGAGCGACGCAAGACGUAGAGCCCUGAUGCUCUUCUGCCUUGUUUACUUCAAUGCAAAUCCGAAGGAUGCCUAUAUAGUAUCGGUGGACCGCAAGGGGUUCGAUUUGCUGGGAAAAGUGCCAAGCCCGGCAGUUAAUGAUGGACUUGGUCAGUACGAGUGGAAAGAAUUCAGAUUUACACUAAAGAAUGAAGCAGCGAACAUUGCAGCCUUCUGCCAACAAUUAAUGGAAAUGGAAGAGGAGGUUGUGAAGAGAGUUUCCAGCUACAGUGGUCUUGGUUAGUCUCCCGGCAGAUAAGAUUGCCGAGGAUUGUACAACUUUUGAACAAUUACAAUUCACUUAAUACUUGGUAGUAAAAUUGGGAGUAAUUUACUACUAAA